AUGGUACUCUAUCUGAUAGGACUCGGACUUUUCAACGAGCAGGACAUUACGCUGAGGGGACUAGAGGCUGUUCGCCGGUGUUCAAGGGUCUAUCUUGAGGCAUAUACUUCAAUUCUACUAUGCGGCAAGGAGAAGCUGGAGGCUUUGUACGGCAAGGACGUCAUCAUUGCAGAUCGUGAGAUGGUCGAGUCGAGAGCCGAGGAGAUCCUGGAUGGAGCCGACGCACAAGAUGUGGCGUUUUGCGUUGUGGGAGACCCGUUCGGGGCCACCACCCACACCGACUUGCAGCUCCGGGCGAGGGAAAGAGGCAUCCCGGUGCGUGUGGUGCACAACGCCUCCGUCAUGAACGCUGUGGGUGCAUGCGGCCUAUCCCUGUACCGCUUCGGCGAGGCUGUCUCCAUCGUGUUCUUCACGGAUACUUGGCGGCCUGAUUCUUUCUACGACAAAAUCUUGGCCAACAGAAGGCUUGGGUUGCACACGCUUUGCCUUCUGGACAUUAAGGUCAAGGAGCCUGACUUGGCCGCACUUGCCCGUGGCCGUGUGGUGUACGAGCCGCCCCGCUACAUGACCAUCAACACGGCUAUCCAGCAGCUGUUGGAGGUGGAGGAGCGGAGGAAAGAAGGCGCCUUCAGCAACUCCUCGCUUGGCGUUGGGAUCGCCAGGCUGCAGGCAGAUGACCAACAAAUUGUGGCUGGGACAUUGGAGCAGCUGCUGGAGGUGGACUUUGGCGCACCUCUGCAUUGCCUGGUGCUGGCCGGGGACCUGCAUGUGACGGAGAGGGAGAUGCUGGAGUUUUACAUGAUGGGAACUACUGACGGCUGCGGCUGCGGCAAUGCAAGCGGCACGCAGCAAGAGAGCUAGAGGGGGCCACCAAGCCCAAGAGGCGCGAGGGGAUGAGUGCACGGUUGAUUAGGGUUAAGAGGGUGAAAGCUUGUUAUCACUGUAGGUGCUCCGUAUCGCUCAUGAAGCCAAGGGUGGGUGCCUCACGAUUAGUGAGCUCCUAUCGGGGCCUAUCUGCCCGUAAACAUUUGCAGGGAGGGCUGGUAGCUGUGCGGAUUGGCUAUACACCACGCAUAGCAACAUGUGUGAAUGUUCCAAUGGGAUGCUGAUGUUCUAGCUGACGCCGAGGUUGCAUCGGCACGGCUAAUCUCACCUGAAACUGUGUAUACGGGCACGGUAGUUUAGAAAGUCGACCAUUACACAUGGCAUAAGUGUAUUUACCGGAGCCUUAGAAGAAAGAUCACAUAUAUAUCACAGGGACAUAUAUGUGUGCAGGGAAGACGGUAAAUAGAUAGACAAGUAGGCAACCCAGAAGCCCACCAAACAAGGGCGGAACAGGCGAGUCCCCCCGACUUUCAGCAGGGUUCUCAGCUGCCAUGAACAUUCGAGACCGCCAUUACAUGUCGGAGACCAAGCAAACCCGUCACCAGCCCCAAAGCGGUGCUGAGUGAUGCUGAUCUGCUGAUCCAAGUGUUGAUGAUCUGCUCAUUGAUGCACUACUAGCAACACUGUCCCCGCUCGCGUUCGCCAUGAACACCACCAGGGCUUCAACUGUAGCACCAAAGA